CUACUUCCGGUUUCUGAAGAAGUGGGAGGGGGCUACUGAAAGGAGGACACAAAUCAGGCAAAUGUGAGUGGCAUAGCUCCCUACCAUACCAGAGAAUUUGCUACAGUCUUGCUGGGCUACCAACAUGGGAGAUUAUAAGAACCAGUAUCUUGUGGCGCAAAAUGUGAAGGUGUGUGAGAUUGACCCGGAGGUCAAGGAGAAGCUGCGCAAGUUCCGUUUCCGGAAGGAAAAGAACAAUGCUGCUAUCAGCAUGAAGAUUGACCCCCAAACAAUGACCAUCAUCCUGGAUGAGGAAUAUGAGGACUGCACAUUAGAUGACCUGCAAGAAGAGCUGCCAGGUCACCUUCCCAGGUAUCUGGUAUACAGUUACUGUUUGGAUCAUGAUGAUGGGAGGACAUCUUUCCCCUUGGUUUUCAUCUUUAUCAGCCCUGCAGGGUGUAAACCAGAGCUGCAGAUGAUGUAUGCAGGGACCAAGACGGCACUGGUGAGGGAGGCAGAGAUGACCAAGGUCUUUGAAGUCCGUAAUGUGGAUGAGUUGACAGAUGAGUGGCUGAGGGGAAAGUUGGCCCUUUUCCGUUGAGCUCCACACACAAAGGCUGCACCAAAUUGGUGUAUCACACAGUCUUGAAUUAAGGAUGAUCAUUAUUUUAUUUACAUGAACAUUUUUUAGAAGUUAUGAGAAAGAAAUUAGCAAUUUUAUUGAAGGGUGCAAUUGUCAUAUGUUGUCAGGGACUAUUGUUGUUGAGGAACAUGAAGUAAAAAAGUACACAGUAGGUCUUUCUUAUAUCACAUAGUACAGUAGCUGCCUCCAUCUCACAGGACAGUCAAUUUUGAAGUCAUUCUAAACCACAUUCCCAUGAUACAAGUGGGGGAAAUGUAGUCACACUGCUACUUGUGUAGAUUGAAUGUUGAUCCGAGUGUCUCUCGUAUUCUGUUUUGAAGUCUAUGCGACUCUUGAACGUCAAGGGCAUUAUUUGGAUGCUCUCCCUUACUUUCACAUGGAUGUGCAGGAAGGCUGGAUCAGAGGAAAUUACAUUAAGGCUGUCUGGGUCUGCCAGUCAGAGGGGGAGGCAGCUGUUGUGUUGAGUGCAUAAUGAGUCAGGGCAGAUGUAUACAGAUAUGUGUUGUAGGUAUGGGGCCAACAGUAGUGAACCAUAGAAUCAAUCACAGCCAUGCCUGUGACUCUCAGCUGCCAACACCUACUCACCUUUCAGUACCCUGGACAGCAUUGUGAAAUUGAUAAUCCUGGCAAGGCCACACCAAUUCCAUGGUUUUCAGAUCAAUCAAAUUAAAUGCUUAGAGAGUUUGGUUUGGGGCCUCUGAACUGAAUUUGAUGGAAACUCAAGUAUUCACCAAUGCUGUGCAAAUCUUCCAGUGUUGGCAUAGCCAUGGAGAAACUCUACAUUUUCUAUUGAUUAUUUUCUGUUUUGGAGGGCUUUUAAGGACAUUGUCAGAAGUGAUAAUGUCAUUGGUGUGACCUGCCUCUGCAUGCCUGUUCAAUAAAAACUAAUUUCUAGUAAUCUAUAUUGACACAUUUGAAUCAACCAGAACCAAACUACUAAAGUAAUGUUAAGGCCAUACCAAUUUAAUUUGUUGUUUCUUGGAUUUGCCCUGUCCAUUUUUUUCUGAUUUGCAAAAAAAAAAAA